AUGCCUCUUGCACGCCGCUCUGCUCCCCGUACCACUCGCACUACUGCGCGUCCAUCUCUCAAGACCCGCCUGAUGGGAGGCCGCAAGACACGCACGCACACGAAGCGUGCUCCCGCUGGUACCACCACUACCACUACCACUACCAGGACCACCCGCACUACCGGUGGUCACCACGGUCACGCCGCCCCAGUUCACCACCACAAGCGCCAUGCCACCAUGGGUGACAAGGUCAGCGGUAUGAUGAUGAAGCUUAGGGGUUCUCUAACUCGUAGGCCUGGUCUCAAGGCUGCUGGCACUCGCCGCAUGCAUGGAACUGAUGGCCGCAAUGCCCGCCGCGUCUACUAG